AUGGCAAAGAUGCAUUCUAGCGGAAGAGGGCGCUCUGAAAGCGUUAAACCAUACGACACUGCAUUCCCGACAUGGCUGACAAAGUCGGUUGACGAGAUCAAGGCCGAUGUGGUCCAGAUGGGGAACAAGGGGGUUCCUGCACCUGAAAUAGGGAAGAGGCUGAGGGACGAGUAUGGAGUUGGAAAUGCAAGGGACGUCCUUGGGUGUGACAUCACGAAGUUUCUGGAGAAGAAUGGGGUAGUUCCGAAGAUCCCCUUUGACCUUGAGUCUCUUGUCCGCCGUGCGAACACGCUCCGAAGCCAUCUGAACAUCUACAGGAAGGACAACUCUGCAAAGUACAGGCUUAUCCUUGUCUCAUCCCGGAUGUAUCGUGUUGCAAGAUACUACAAGCGCACAAUGAGGAUUCCUGGGAACUGGAAGCCAAAGCUCGUUGAACUCAUUAAAUGA